AGAAGCGCCCCGCCCCGCUCCCCAAUCGUCCAAUCAGAUGAGAGGAAACAGAAAGUUCUUCCUGUUCAGUCUAUUUUUAUUAUUAUUUUUUUUUGUAGCUACUCAGCUGACACACAGCCAUGCGGUUCCGUUUCUGCGGAGAUUUGGACUGCCCAGACUGGGUGCUUGCCGAAAUUAGCACAUUAGCGAAAAUUUCAAGUGUCAAGAUGAAACUCCUUUGCGCUCAAGUGCUGAAGGAUUUGCUUGGGGAGGGCAUUGAUUAUGACAAGGUUGCAAAGCUUACUGCAGAUGCAAAGUUUGAGAGCGGAGACAUCAAAGCUAGUGUCGCAGUGCUCAGCUUCAUUUUCUCCAGUGCAGCAAAGCACGAUGUUGACAGUGAAUCUCUGUCCAGUGAGCUGCAGCAGCUUGGCCUGCCUAAAGAACACACAACGGGGCUCUGCAAAUCAUACGAAGACAAGCACUCUACGCUGCAAGACAAACUAAGAGAGACGAGCCUGAGAUUGGGACGACUGGAGGCUGUGUCAUGGCGAGUUGACUACACUCUGAGUUCCAGUGAGCUGCGAGAGGUGAAUGAACCAGUGAUUCAGCUUAAACUCCAAGCACAGGGAGCAGAGUCGGGCUCCACAGAGACAACUGUUGUCUCUGUUUCUGCUGAUAAGUUCAGAGUCCUGCUUGCAGAGCUGAAACAAGCCCAGGCUAUGAUGAAUGCACUACAAUAAAGUCUGACCUCAAUGUCUGAUCAGAGCUCGACACAGUCGGUGCUGAUAGACCGCCACAAGUGCCAUACUUACAUCUUUGAAAGCAUAACUUGUUUUUAUGAGUUUAGUAAUCUCAGAGGUUAAGUGAAAGGCUCGUUCCUUAUUUGGACUGACUGAUGUUUAGUUGUAUUUUUCUACCACAUUAGUAGUAAUUGGUGGGAAUUUUUCCAGUCUGGGUGAUUUGUCACUGAAGCAAAAAUGCUGAACGGACCAUUUUUUGUAAAAUAUUGAAUGUUACUUAAUACAUUUGGAUUUGAAUGAUGCUGAUCAUUUGUGCUUUGUCUUCAUAUGCUUAUAUAUAUCCUACUAAUAAAUGGAGAAAUCUCA